AUGCCGUACACACGGCAAACCAGGCAGUGGCAGGAGUCGUGCGCUCCAUCCGUAACCUGGGCCUGGUGGUGGCUGAAAGAAAAACAGAAGCCAUUUUCUUCCAUGCUAAGGGAUGGAAGCCACUCCAUGAGAUAUCUGGGCCUCAUAUUGGACGGCACCUGGUGCUUCAGAGAGCAUUUCAACAGGCUGGUCCCCCGACUUAGGGUAAUAUCUGCCAGGCUGGGCAGGCUUAUGCCCAAUGUCGGGGGACCAGACGGGAAGGCUCGUCGCCUCCACGCGGGAAUUUUGAAUUCGGUGGCACUCUACGGAGCGCCGGUAUGGGCAAAAACCCUGGCCGUCAGUCGCCCGAUGCGAGAGCAAAUGCGCAAAGUGCAGAGGGUGCUGGCGGUCAGGGUGGCAAGAUGCUACCGUACCGUGUCCUGCGUGGCGGCGACGGUCCUGACGAGUAUGUCCCCCAUGGAGCUCAUGGCCCUGUCGUACAGACAUACGUACGACAGGAAGCGUGAGCUCCUAAGAACGGGAGGGAUAGGAGAACCGCUCGCCAGGACCAUACGAAACAUGAAGCACCAGGCUCGACAGGUCCUCCUCCAGAGAUGA